AUGUCGUACGCUUACUUGUUCAAAUACAUCAUCAUAGGAGACACAGGUGUGGGAAAGUCUUGUCUGCUGCUGCAGUUUACUGACAAACGCUUCCAACCGGUGCACGAUUUGACGAUCGGAGUUGAAUUCGGGGCCCGCAUGAUCACCAUCGAUGGCAAACAAAUUAAGCUACAGAUCUGGGAUACGGCCGGACAGGAAGCAUUCCGGUCCAUCACGCGUUCGUACUACCGUGGUGCUGCUGGUGCACUGCUCGUGUACGACAUUACGCGCCGCGAAACGUUCAACCACCUGACCACCUGGCUGGAAGACGCACGGCAACAUUCAAACUCGAACAUGGUCAUCAUGCUGAUCGGCAAUAAGAGUGAUCUUGACUCACGCCGCGAGGUAAAGAAGGAAGAAGGCGAAGCUUUUGCACGCGAACACGGACUGGUGUUUAUGGAAACGUCUGCCCGUACUGCUGCCAACGUGGAGGAAGCGUUCAUCAACACGGCAAAGGAAAUCUACGAGAAGAUUCAGGAGGGUGUCUUUGAUAUCAAUAAUGAGGCUAACGGCAUCAAGAUUGGUCAGCAGCACUCUCCGACAAGUCCAUCGCUGGGCAGUGGUAAUAGCCCGGGUGGACCAGCUAGCAGUGGAUGCUGCUAA